GUUGCCACGGCGACAGGGCCGGGACGCCGAGGCCUAGCACAGGCUCCGGGCCCGCGGCUUCUCCGCGGUUCCCUCCGGCUCCCCAGCACUCCUGCGGAGCGCCGGGCCCGGGGGUGCCGUGCUGGUCCCUUUCCAGCAGCCGGACGCGGUAGCGCGUUCCCUCCACGCCAGGCUUGGUGGCCCCAUCGGUGUCUCGGUGGCCCCGUUGUGCCCAGGCCGUGUCCCCCUCCCCGCAGCAUGGCGCACCUCCUGGGCCACCGCGGCUGCAUGGAGAGCCUGCGGGCCGACCUGCGCGACCUGCAGGCCGCCAUCGCCGACGUGUGCUCGCGGGCCGGCGCCGUGCGCUUCCCCUCCUGGAAAUUCCCCGACAAGGUGUCGUGCGAGCUGGACGUACCGCUGCUGCUGCAGCGCUACAGGCACAGCGACAGCGACCCCGCGUUCAGCCAGCACGCACACCUGGUGCUGCUGGAGCUGCUCAUAGACAGGUGA